AUGGCCGCAACGCCAAAGUAUCUCACCGGCGACGGUGCCGGAAUCAAAGAGUUCAUCGAUAAGUUUGACACAUUCCUAUUCGACUGUGAUGGUGUACUAUGGAAUGGGGACCACGUGUAUGAAGGCGUUCCCGAGACAAUCUCUCUCCUCAAGUCAAAAGGCAAAAGAGUAGUGUUCGUGACCAACAACUCCACAAAGUCACGGCAGGACUACGUCAAGAAGCUCGAGAAGCUGGGCAUCCCCUGCGACGCCGAAGAUGUCUUUGGCUCCUCCUACUCCGCAGCCAUCUACAUCAACCGCAUCCUCAAGCUCCCUCCCGGCAAGAACAAGGUCUUUGCAAUCGGUGAGUCUGGAAUCGAGACGGAGCUGGCCUCCGAGGGCAUCCCCUUCAUCGGCGGAACGGACCCCAACUUCAGGAGGGACAUCACGCCAGCUGAUUUCGAGGGCAUGGCCAACGGCUCAAUCCUGGAUCCCGAGGUCGGUGUCGUUCUGUGUGGUUUGGACUUUCACAUCAACUACCUGAAGCUCGCGCUGGGCUUCCACUACGUCCAGCGCGGAGCCAUUUUCCUGGCAACGAAUGCGGAUUCCACCUUGCCCAUGCACCAUGCGUUCUUCCUCGGCGCCGGAUCAAUCAUGAUUCCCGUUGCCAAUGCCGUCGGAGAGCAACCUACGAUUCUCGGAAAGCCAAGCCAGGCCAUGAUGGACGCUGUGGAGGGAAAGUUUCAGCUUGACCGCGCCAAGACGUGCAUGAUUGGCGACAGGUUAAACACCGACAUCAAAUUUGGCAUUGAAGGAAAGUUGGGUGGAACGCUCCAUGUCUUGACCGGUGUAAACCAAAAGGCAGACUGGGAUCGUGAGGAUGCGAUCGCGGUACCGGCCUACUAUGCUGACAAGCUGAGUGAUCUUCUUCAAGGUGCAUAG